AUGCCUAAAUCAUUUUCUGAUGAGGCACCACAAAUUAUCAUGGAUUUUUUGAUAUCUGGUUACAGAUUAAGGAAUUACUGCCAGACUACUUCAACAAAACAGGCAGUGGUAAAUGUUGGUGAGGAUGUAGAGAAAGUAACUCUGUUAGAUUGCCGCUACGAACGCCAACUGACAAAGUGUAAAUAUAUAAAAUUCCUUUGUUUUCUUUCAGUUAAGAAAAAGAAGCCUAAACUAUUAAAUAAAUUUGAUAAGACCAUUAAAGCUGAACUUGAUGCUGCAGAAAAACUCCGCAAAAGGGGGAAAAUUGAGGAAGCAGUGAAUGCAUUUGAAGAACUAGUUCACAGAUACCCUCAGAGUCCGCGGGCAAGAUAUGGAAAGGCACAGUGUGAAGAUGAUUUGGCUGAGAAACGAAGAAGCAAUGAGAUCCUACAUGGGGCCAUUGAAACCUACCAAGAGGUGGCCAGUCUGCCCGACGUCCCUGAUGAUCUGGUGAAGCUGAGUUUAAAGAGGCGUUCUGACAGACAGCAAUUUUUAGGUCACAUGAGGGGUUCACUGCUGACCCUACAAAGAUUAGUUCAACUAUUUCCUGAUGACACAUCCUUAAAGAAUGACCUUGGAGUGGGGUAUCUCUUGAUGGGAGACAAUGGUAAUGCCAAGAAGGUUUAUGAAGAGGUUCUAAAAAUGACACCGAAUGAUGGCUUUGCUAAAGUGCACUAUGGCUUUAUCCUGAAGGCACAGAACAAAAUUGCGGAGAGCAUUCCCUAUUUGAAGGAAGGAAUAGAAUCUGGAGAUCCUGGCACUGAUGAUGGACGAUUUUAUUUCCACCUAGGGGAUGCCAUGCAAAGAGUAGGGAAUAAAGAGGCAUAUAAGUGGUAUGAACUUGGGCAUAAGAGGGGACAUUUUGCGUCUGUCUGGCAGCGCUCGCUCUACAACGUCCGUGGAUUGAAAGCCCAGCCUUGGUGGACAGCGAAAGAAACAGGCUAUACAGAAUUAGUUAAGUUCUUAGAAAGAAACUGGAAGCUAAUCCGUGAUGAAGGCCUUGCAGUGAUGGAUAAAGCUCAAGGCCUCUUCCUGCCUGAAGAUGAGAACUUAAGGGAGAGGGGUGACUGGAGCCAGUUUACCCUGUGGCAGCAAGGGAGAAAAAAUGAGAAGGCCUGUAAAGGAGCUCCGAAAACCUGUUCUUUACUCGAGAAAUUUCCUGAGACUACGGGAUGCAGGAGAGGACAGAUCAAAUAUUCUGUCAUGCACCCUGGAACUCACGUGUGGCCGCACACAGGACCCACUAACUGCAGGCUCCGAAUGCACCUGGGCUUGGUGAUUCCCAAGGAAGGCUGCAAGAUCCGAUGUGCCAACGAGACCCAGAAAUGGGAAGAAGGCAAAGUGCUUAUCUUUGAUGACUCCUUUGAGCAUGAGGUAUGGCAAGACGCUGAGUCCUUCCGUCUGAUAUUCAUCGUGGACGUGUGGCACCCAGAGCUGACACCUCAGCAGCGACGCAGCCUCCCUGCAAUUUAGUGUGUUGUGCAGACUCAGGAUGUAGGAGAGAGAGAGAGAGAGAGAGAGAGAGAGAGAGUGAGAACCUUUCUGAUUCUAUCUCCUUGGGUGUGGGGAUAGAAGGUUGGACACCAAAGUCCUUAAUUUGCUUGGCUUGCUUUCUGAAGAAUUCUAAAGUCCCAUUCUAGGGUUAGAAGACACUAAAGGGAGCAUUGUCCUCAUUGCUAUUCAGUGAGAGAAUACCUGGUUAUAUUUCAUGCCUUGUCAGCACUGAUCUGAUGCCGAUAUUUCAGGAGAAUAUGAGAGCUUCUGCCUUAACAGCCAAAGAUGUUUUUUUCCAUGUAGAAAAGGAUUAAAUUAGUGUACAGUGAGAAUAUAUGUAGAAGCUGUGAAUAGAUUGCUUUAGUUGGUAGUUUUUCUAUGCAAUUAUAUUUUUCUAGGAUGGCUAGACAAUUUUGUCAUGUACGGCUACUUUUCGCUGAUUUCAGUGACAAGCUAUAUAAAUGCUUUACUGCCAGCAACGUAAUGGUAACUUCCCUGGUGAAGUUAGACUUCCCUCUUUUAAUUCUGUUUAGUAAAAGACAUCAUGAAAAAAAUCAGUUUUAUUUUUCUAAAGGAGAGGAGAAAGACGUAGUUAUGCCAGUGUCUGUGAAUUUGUUGAAUUUGUUUUUUUUUCUUAGCUUUGUUGGAAGUCCUUUCUUAAUUUUUGCCUCACUAUGCAAAUAGUGGAAAUAUCAUCAAAAUCAUAUUUCUUUUUUGAAAGGAAAUAUUUUAUAGAUAGAAAUAAAAGAAUUUCAUAUUGAGUUAUGGAAUUUUUACAUGUAAAUUGUUUGUUGUCAUGUCUUGUGACUUUGAAAAAAAGUAAGAUUUCCCAGAGUAAAAAUUUUCUCAUGGGAGCUAGCGGAUAAGUGGUUGGCAAGUGGGACUUCUGACUCCUGCCUCUCUGUCAUCUGUGAGAAAGGACGGGAGUCCCAAAUGGCUUUACCAAUGGUAGAUCCAUGUGAGUGAUGACAUUCUUGAGAAGAUUCCCAUCACAAUUUUGUAAAUACAUCAACAGUGGUGGAAGAGAAGACAAAGAAUGUCAUGGUCUUUGCCCUUGGUGUAAGAUGUGGAAAUGGGUGUCUUUGAUGAAAAGUUCAGGAGAUCCUUGGUCUCCCUGACUUGAGCAACUUCUACCAUGGAAACUAAAUUUUAAAGUAGCAAUGAGUUGGUAUGGGUUAGCUUGAAUGUUACCCACAACAUAGGUGAAAACAGUUUAUAAAUGGCCUUUUCUACUCAUGCCAAAGAUGAUCAAAUCAUUCAUGUUAGUAGAAUAUUAAAUGCAUUAAGCUUGUUAAUAUUUAUAUCAGAGCUAACUGAAAAUGUUAGCUGUGAAAAUGUGGUAAUUUUAAUACAUUGAGUUGUAAGCCAAUAGGAACAAAAACAACAGAAAAGCGAUACAGGGAUUCCCAAAUUGCAUUCACAGGUAGAAAACACACUUGUGCCUUCAUCUUUGUCAGAAGGACAAAGGAGGGUUCUGUCUUUUUCUCAGAAAUGAAAGGCUGAAUGGACAUAUUUCCUGGUUCUUGAGAAGAUUAACUUUCAGUGGAUGUGUCUGCUCAAUAUUUGCCCUGUUCCUGUCUGUUUUGCCAGUGUUCAGAAAUCAUAGAUGAAGUGUGUGGGAAGAUGUUGUCAUUUUACCAGGGUCCAGGUAAAAAAGCAAGCCCUUAAAAAGUAAAAAGGGAUUUGUGUCCUUCAGUAUUUAUUGAACAGAGGAAAUGACUGACAAAGGACAAUCCAAUCCAAUCAUGUAAUAACAUUCAUGUCACUUGUUGGAUUUGGCUCUUGUAUGUAUAUUGCAUACACAUGAAGAAAUUAAACGUUUUCAUUGUAAAACCA